UCAAUCAUCAUUGUUGAAGUAUCAGGUAGGACAUUUAUUCACGCUGGCUUGCAAAGCUCAGCCUGGAGAAGGGGUCGCUGCCUAAAAGCGUCAAACUAAACUCCGAUACAGGACGAAGUGAUAGUAGGCCCAGUUUUUAAAGUGAACUCUUUGCUACAACGGACUUAUCAGUUGAAGUCGAGUCUCCUUUCUACACGUUUUCCGUAGACAUGCUGCCGUCCAUCGCCGUGGUAACCACGCUGAUCCUCAGCUCUGCCUUAGCAGAGAGCACAGUGUUCCUGCAGCGCAGCACAGCAGGGCAGAUCUUGCACCCGUCCACCAGGAGGCGACGAGGCAACUCCAACUUGCUGGAGGAGCUCUUUCCUGGAGACCUGGAGAGGGAAUGCUACGAGGAAAACUGCUCACAGGAGGAAGCGGCUGAGAUCUUCCAGUCUCAAGAGAAGACGCUGGAGUUCUGGUUCCGAUACACAAACCUGAAUCCGUGUAGGACAAACCCUUGUCUCAAUGGCGGCAUGUGCACUAUGGAGCGAGGGCACUUCCUGUGUCUGUGUCCUCCUCGCUUCCACGGAGAGACCUGCCACUUGGAGGUGUUGCUGUGUCGCUAUAGAAAUGGAGGCUGCCUGCAGUACUGCACAGACCUGCCUGGGGGCGCUGGUGUUCAGUGUGGCUGCGCUGACGGCUUCCAACUGGACUCAGAUGGCCGCAGGUGCUCUAAGACAGUUCCGUUUCCCUGCGGGCACCAGCAGGUGAUGCUGCAGUGGGGUCGCGCCCUUUUGGAUCGCUCCGAUCUGGUCAACGUCACAGUGGGUACGAACGUCACGUGGGAUGACAACAACACCCACAGCUGGUUGAAUUGGACGCACGACGCAGAGGAGAUGGCAGUAAACGCGUCUCAGCUGCAGGAAGUGGGCGGGGCGAGCGGGAUGACUGAGGACCUGAGUCCUCGCAUCGUGGGAGGAGCCUUAGAGAAGCCUGGAGGGAGUCCUUGGCAGGUACUGAUCCGAAGGGCCGAUGGUUACGGCUUCUGUGGAGGAACGCUGGUGUCGGACCGCUGGGUGCUGUCUGCUGCUCACUGCUUCCAGCAGAGGGCGCACCAUAUUACCAUAGGUGACUAUGACAAGCAGCGUCGCGAUCCAGGUGAGCAGAUGAUUAAGGUCCAGCAGGUGCUGAUUCAUCCUCACUUCCACUCGUUCACGCUGGACAGCGACAUCGCUCUGCUAUACCUGGAUCGGGCCAUCGUAAGAGGACCCACCGCCAUCCCUGCAUGCCUGCCCGACCCCCACUUGUCUACAUACCUUCUCCAGGAGGACAAUCGGGGUGUGGUGACGGGGUGGGGAACCACAAAGUAUCUGGGCAGGUCUUCACGGUUCCUCAGGAAGGUGGCGCUCCCGGUGGUCAGCCACCACUCCUGCAGCCUGUCUAGUGAGCAGGUGAUCACAGACAACAUGUUCUGUGCAGGAUACCUGAAGGCCAUCAGUGACGCCUGCAGCGGCGACAGCGGUGGUCCCUUUGUGGUCAACUACAGGGGGACGUGGUUUCUGACCGGCAUCAUCAGCUGGGGUGAGGAGUGCGCCGCCAACGGCAAAUAUGGCGUCUACACCCGCUUGGGGAACUUCCUGACCUGGAUCAGAGCCACCAUGAGCAGAGUGGACUUGAACGCCACGCAGAGCUGAAGACGCUUUUGUUUUUGUGAUGAUGAUAAUGAAUGAGGACAGACAAUAAAGCAUGUGUGAAGAAGUGUAUUUGAUACGUACACCUC